CAGAGCGAAUUUGGCGGCGAUUUUUUUUCAAAGUCGCUCAGUCUCAUUUCGACCCAAUAUGAAAACAUUUUUUUAAAUAUUUACGUAUCUUGUAACAAAUGUAUCUUCGAUUAUGUUGGUGUAUUGAAAUCUUGAUUUUCACUAGAGCCGUUUUGAAUAAAACAUGAGUAAACUGAAUCUCUCGACCAAUGACAAUUAUCUAAUUGUGGGAUCUCUGUUAUCCAGUUGAAAAAUUCACCUGCUCUUUAGGGACAACUUUCUAGAAGAAAAAUCACUYGUAUUCCGACAACGAUGUUGUUUCAUACUGUUGAUCGACUUCUUAAGCAUCGUUCUUAUUCCAAUCGAGCUGUUUUUGGCGUCGUUUUUCUGACUCUUCUUGCCAUUUCCCAUCGCAAUACUGGUGCAAAUGGUGAGUGUGUGUCGAAAAAGUCCCAAUGGGGAUACACUCUGGAAGGUUCUGCUUACGAUUCGUCACCGGCAGACAACUACCCCACAUGUCUUUUAAGAUGCUUAACUGACAACACUCGCUGCAAGAGCCUCAGCUAUGAUCUUGCCGCCAAAACCUGUGAACUGAGUGUUUAUAGCCGCUGGAACAAGCAAUGGGCGUACAAGCCAAAGACGAACAGCAUCUACAUGGAAAUGCUUGGAGUAGUGGAGGUCUAUAGUAAUGUUACCGAACAAUCCAGCACUCCGCCCCCAACAAUGGCUGCAGGCGCAGCUGGUGAGCCAUUCAAUGCAGAAACGUUCUGUGCUGGGAAGGAAGACGGAGACUACUCCCAUCCAACCGACUGCAAUCAGUAUGUGACUUGCAGCACUGCAAGCAAAAUCGCAAGACCAUGUGGUGUGGGUAUGAACUUUCAUCCAAAAAACAAAGUUUGCGAUCACGCUAGUAACGUUGUUUGCCCAUGAAUAUGCAUCACGAUAAAUUCUAGUAAAGUAGAACCGCUUCUAUUAAGCGGUCACCUAGUAAACGGCCAACCUCUUUUAAGCGGUCACCUAGUAAAUGGUCAACCUCUAUUAAGCGGUCACCUAGUAAACGGCCAACCUCUUUUAAGCGGUCACCUAGUAAAUGGUCAACCUCUAUUAAGCGGUCACCUAGUAAACAGCCAGCUUUUUUUUAGCAGUCAAAUAGUAAAUGGCCAAAAAAGUCUUUUUUAGCGGAUAGUUGGCAAAGUCCCUAAGAGGGUUUUCGCAGUAAUUUAUACCUCUUUUUAGCGCCCAAUCCCUGUUGGUUGGUUACUUGACAAUUCCCGAUGGUGGUCGGUUAAUAGAGGUUCUACAGUUAAGCAAUCCCCAUAGYAUCUGGCUAAAGAAACUUUCACUGAAUGGAAUAUUAGCUAACCACAUGUUUAAUUAAACACGAAAUAGCUGACGAAGUAGAAAAAUGAAAUAAUUUCAAUUCUGAAUGUAAACAGGACAACAUUACUAAACUCGCUGCUAAACACCUACUAAAAAGUUUAACAAUUUUUCUUAUGUUAUUCAAGACUCAUUUUCUAUAAGAAAGGCCAAUAAAGCAAARACAUCCAAUUGACAAGAGUUACGUAAUCGUGCAACUUACCUUUAUAAACCAUGGCACACAAAAAAAUUAUAGAAAUUGUGGUAGAAACAGUUAAAUGUUAAUAGAAUUUAGGAAGCAUCUUCAAAUUAAAUCAUAAAACACA